UUCUUAAAACCAACAGGCCCAGUCAGGAGCCAUAGCGAUAUGCAUAAGCAGGGGAGUUGGAAGAUGUCCCCCCCUAUUUGGACGUUAUUAUUGAAUUGAAUGGAUAUAUGCCGAUUCGCUUUGCUUAAUUCCCCACUUCAUCUUCCUCCUUUAUCGAUUCUCAUCAGGCCUCCUGUUCUGUUUCAAUCCUUCCAAACUUGCCCUCCAAAACUCACCAAUUUUUCGAACCUGCUACUCCUCCCCCAAAAGCCCAUCAAUCAUACUCGACUCCUCUGUACCUCCUCCCAUACUUCAUCGCCAUCGCCGUCGUCGUCAUCAAUGGAAGCUCCUCCCCAAGGUUACCGCAGGAAUGUCGGCAUUUGUCUCAUCAACGAUUCUAAGAAGAUUUUUGCUGCUUCAAGGUUAGAUAUACCCAAUGCUUGGCAAAUGCCCCAGGGUGGUAUUGAUGAGGCUGAAGAUCCAAGAACUGCAGCCAUGAGGGAAUUAAGAGAAGAGACAGGAGUAAAUUCAGCAGAAAUUCUUGCAGAGGUACCUUAUUGGUUAACCUAUGAUUUCCCACCAGAAGUUCGGGCAAAACUUCAGCAACAAUGGGGAUCAGACUGGAAAGGCCAAGCACAGAAGUGGUUUCUUCUUAAGUUCACUGGGAAGGAUGAAGAAAUCAAUCUUUUAGGUGAUGGGAGUGAAAAACCUGAGUUUGGCGAGUGGUCAUGGAUGUCAGCAGAACAAAUUAUUGAUCUUGCUGUGGAUUUCAAGAAGCCUGUCUACAAGGAAGUUCUUGCAGUUUUCGCACCCUAUCUUCAAUAACCUAGGGUUGAGGGACCCUGAUUGAAUGAUUUGAAUGACGUGGUCAAAUUCCCGAAUGAAACCUAUGUCAACCAUAUGCCAAUGCCUUAAUGCCAAGGUCGACUCAGAUGCUAGCUGAGAUAGUUGGAAGGGAUAAUAAAGCUCCGAAUAUAACAGUAAAGAUACCUUUCAAGUUUCAAACUGCAGCUGGUCUGAUACUUUGAAAGGUCCGAAGUUAUGUUCUCUGUAUAUUAGGAAUAUGUUUAUAAGAG